CGGGCUACUGCGCAGGACUCCGCAGUGCGUGACCCGACGACCCCGCUGUCCCUGCGCUGCCAUGGCGGCCCUGAGAGCCCUGCUGGUUCCGAGGCUGGCAGCAGCCUCCGCGAUCGAUCCGCUCCCCGAGCUCCUGCGGCCGCUGCCUGUCCACGGGCGGACGCCCUCCCCGCACGCGGCCCUUCACGGCUCGGCGCCUCGCCCCAGGGCCAGGGUCGCGCUAGUGCUGUCGGGCUGUGGAGUCUAUGACGGGACGGAGAUCCAUGAGGCCUCGGCGAUCCUGGUGCAUCUGAGCCGUGGAGGGGCUGAGGUCCAGAUCUUUGCCCCUGAUGUUCGUCAGAUGCAUGUGAUUGAUCACACCAAGGGGCAGCCUUCUGAGAGCGAAGGCAGGAAUGUCUUGACAGAAUCAGCCAGGAUCGCCCGAGGCAAGAUCUCUGACCUGGCCCAGCUCAGUGCAGCCAACCACGAUGCUGCCAUCUUCCCUGGAGGCUUUGGAGCUGCCAAAAAUCUGAGCACAUUCGCCACCGACGGGAAAGACUGCAAAGUCAACAAGGAUGUGGAGCGGGUCCUGAAGGAGUUCCACGGAGCUGGGAAGCCCAUCGGCCUGUGCUGCAUCGCACCUGUCCUUGCGGCUAAAGUGCUCAGAGGCGUUGAGGUCACCGUGGGCCACGAGCAGGAGGAGGGUGGCAAGUGGCCUUACGCCGGGACCGCCGAGGCCAUCAAGGCCCUGGGCGCCAAGCACUGUGUGAAGGGCGUGACCGAAGCUCAUGUGGACCAGAAAAACAAGGUGGUCACAACCCCGGCCUUCAUGUGUGAGACCGCCCUCCACCACAUCUACGACGGGAUUGGGGCCAUGGUGAAGAAAGUGCUGGAACUCACAGGGAAAUGACCAGCUCCCUGCACGCUGGCCACCCCCACCUGUGGAGCUGGUGGCCACCUGUGUCCAGCUGGGCAUGUGGCUGAAGCUGCUUUUCUGUUGGACGCCACGCUUUCUGCUUGAGGUGGGAGCUCUGCUGCAGGCUGAGGGGCCUGGAUUGAGGCCAUCGUCCUCAGUUGGUGCUCCUCAUGGCAGGGGCGAGGCCCGCCACACCCUGGCGGGUGAUCCGGCACUUGUGCUCUACCCCUGAGCAGCAGUGGUGACUUGCCCCCACCCUGUGUGAAUCCCAGAAACUGGGACCUGAGCCAGCUUUCCCUGCCCAAGAGAUACUUGGCAGGAAAUAUUGCCCUGUGGUCUUGGGUUUGAUGCUUCAGGAUGCGUGGGCUUGGAAGAAAACGAGUUUUUGUGUUACCUGCCUGAAAAUCAGGAGACCAGAAGUGCCAUGUUUAUGGAUAAGAAAAAUCCUCUAGUCUGAAGUAAACACUAAUUAAAGUAAGGGAAUUUCUGUAGCAGGCAGUCCCUUUCGCUGCAGAGUGAGCUCCUUUCAAAAUUGGAAACUCCUGACAGUGACGCUUUAGGUCUUCUGAAACUGGUGAGUGGGAUGUAUCAGUGAGGUUUCUUAAACUGGUCCCAGUUCUCUUAAUGUGGAGGAAAGGGGGAAAUUGCUGUGACUCAGCCCCUGCCAUGGCCUGCUGGGUGGAUCCUCACGCUGAUCCGGGCGUGGGCUCCUCUGGAGAAGCGCAGGUGUGUGCAGGAGGAAGAAUAAAGGCUGCUGGUGUGCUGGUGUC